CACCUCGCCAUCCACAGCGGUCACACUCGGCACCUCCGCAGCCUUUCCGACCUCCGUGGGGAACGCGAUGGAGCCAAAGCGUUUCAUGGGCGACCCACGCAGACCGGAGACGUUUGGCUUCUCCUUGCUGGGCGACAAAGGAUGGAACAACCACUCGGGUGCUGGCGAGCAAUUGGUCAACCUCAUCUACAAAGAAAUUCAGAAGAACCCCCAUCUCCAGGGCCCAGCUGGAGCGCCGUCGACGGGGCUCUCCAGUGUUUUGGCGGUGGCGGAGAUGGAAGGAGAUCGGUUGGGGGAAGAGAGCGAUCCGAAGCCCGGGCCAGAUCCAGCCACUGAACACCUACCCCCCAAAAUGGACAAGACCAGAAGCCCUCCAGCUGCCUCCGGCCCUCCCCGGCGUGCUUACCCGCCCUGGGUGGCGCCGUGCCCAGCACCUGGACCUGCAGCUCCUGCAGGUCCCGCCUUGGGCGGGCCCAGGCUCCAAGCACCGGGCUCACCGGUGGAACCAUUGGGCCGAGCGCAGCCGGGCCCAGCUGCACGAGCACCCCCUCGAUCCGAGCCACAUGAGCCAAGGCGUCCAGAAGCACCGGGCCGGGCACCAGAACGCCCGACCCCGCUGCGCACUGAAAAGCCACCAGAGUGCAAUUUGCCUGGGCCAGGAGCUCUUGAGAUGAGGGCAGAGGUGCAAAUAUCCCAAGAGCUGACACUCCACGCGGUCACGGCAUCCGUUCACGGCGUCCCACGUCCGACGGAAGAGUUGCCCACUGGGCCCGCUGUGCUCUCCAACUCUGUGGGCGGUAUGCCGGCUAGAAGUCGACAGCUCGCGGGCAUGUGUGAGCCGAAUUCGGAGGAGAAGGUCUAUCAGGUGUCGGACCUCUUGCGGAUGCGCAUGGUCAUGGCUGCUGCAACUUGGAACGUCCGGGAAGAUCCUGCCGCGGAGGAGGAGCACCCGGGCAUCCAGGUGCGCGAGGUGUCCGACGUGCUGCCGCGGCGCAGUCAGCGGAAGACGGAGAAGAGGAAGAAAUCCAAGGCCUCUGACACGCCGGAGGUCCAUUGUCCCAGUGUGCAGAGCUGGAAGGUGCAGCUGCGGCGGGCGGCCUUGGCCAAGCAACACUUGGAGUCCUCCAAGUCCGGGGCAUGGCACAUCGCCAAGGUCCAGGACCUGAAAUCCAUCAACUUCCUCCUUGAUCACAUGAAGCAGGCAGUGGAGGAACACCUCCAACGGCAGGCUGCAAGAGUCAUCCUGCGUCGAUAUCGCCACUACAAGCAUCGACUGAAGCAACGCCUCCGGGAGGCCGAGAAGCAAGAACGACAAAAGCCUCAGACUGAAGCGUUGAGAGAGGAGAUGAGGAAGUUGUCUGAAGAGCGCCGGAAGCAACAAGAGCAGCUGGAGGAGCAGCGUGCGGCGCGCGCCACUGCGGAAGCCCUGCGCGAGACGCUGGUCGAGCACAGCAAGGUUGAGGUGAUGCCCUUUGCAACGACGGGAGCUUCAGCUUUGGGAGCCACAUCAACAUCAUCUCAAGUCCUUGAUGGAGAAGAUGAGGAUGCUGACUCAGUGGGCAGUUCCUUCCAUGAGAGCUCCAUGGUGGAAGAGGUGGACGGUAAAAGCUUGCUCCAGCAGAGGCCGCCGGUCGAUGGCGCCACGGGAGCCGAGGGAGCUGAGAAAAGGCUCACAAAGGAGACCUUGGAAGCGAAAGAAGAAGGCCAAAAGAUCUUGGAGCUGGUCCACACCGAAGAUUUUGCCCUGGAACGCUUCUUCAACCAGCUGGACACCACACCAACCUGCGCGUUGCCGGCUGCGUGCGCGUUGCCGGAGUUACCCGCACCGCGGCCCGAGUGCCCGCGCAGCACCAACGCAAAUGACCUGGAGGCAGAGAGUCAAACGUCGGAUGGGAGAGAUGCCGACACAUCCGAAUCGAAGAGGUCCUUAAGGGAGCAGAUGCGGGCCUUAGCAGAGCAGAGACAAGCAGAGAUGGCCAAGCAACAAAGGGCCGAUGCCCUGAGGCGGCUUCGACGGAAGGUGGGCCCCAAACCCUCCGAGGAAACGCUCUCGGGUCUACUGAGCCGAUGCCAAGGUGAUGUGAGCCGAGCGGCCAGUGCGUUCUUCAACGGCUAUGUCUAUGCCUAGCCACCUCACGGCCCUCACGGCGCCGUGCCGUGCGCACCGGUGGCGGCUGUCUCUUGCGUCGUGGCUACGGGUUGACCCGUGCGCGCGGGUUCAAUGCACAGCUUGCAUGGAGGAAAGACGAAUGGGUGGCCCCAUGAGAGCUGAUG